UGUACAGAAAUCAGUGAAGAGUUAGGGAGGGCGAUCAGCAACGGGAAAUGACAAUUGACCGCCCGCAUCAUCAUUGUCCCCUCGUCUUGUGAUUUCUCUGGCUCCUGCCCCCUACUAACUCUACCAAAGAUGGACAACACAGACACAAGACAGUCGCCAGAACCCCAGGUUCCUAGUGAAUCCAAAGAUGAAACGCCACCCAGCACCAAAGAUGAUGUAGCCUCCCUGGCUGACCGGCUUUCCCUGCACAGCAUUCCCAGUAUAGACCGCAGUGAUGGUGCUGCUAGUCCUGAGGCUUCUGCAAAUGUGCCCAACCUAGCACAUACUCCUCCAAACUCUCCUAAGACACCCAUCCUCACCCACACUCCUCCGCCACAACCCGCUACCAACCCAUCCUCCCGUCCACCAUCCACCUCAUCUGCCAAGCCCUCAAUAGAAGCUAUGGGUUCCAGUCAGAGUCAGAGUGAACCUCCGUCCCCAGGGCUAUCAAGUCAACACUCCGGUCAGGAUGACUCCCAUGACACAGAUGAGCCUCCUCCUCCUCCUGCACCUCCUCCACCCAGCUCUGAUGCCACCCUACAUGUUGCUUAUGGCAGCAGUCCCCCAUCGGUCUCUGGGAUAUAUAGUGGUAUAGGAGGGAUCUACAGUGGCAGUCACCCAUCGUCAGGCAUCUAUAGUGGCUCUGCCUCUCUUGGGAGUAUAUAUGGGAGCACUGGACCACCACCUGUUCCUCCACCGCCUCAUGAGGAAAGUGGGGCUGUUGGGGGAAUCCACCACCGCAGAGAACACUCCCUCAAUUCUAUUCACUCCCUACAUUCUGUCAAUUCGUUCAAGGAGUUCUAUGAUAAAUCAACACUCAACCAGUUUAUCUGCACAUCUCCCAAACUUUCUAAUAGGGAGAUGGAGAUGAAUCGAAUGUCUGGAUUAUAUGGAAGCAUAGCCAGCACGGCCGAUUAUGCUGGCUUGACAGAGAUGUUUACCGACCCAGUAGAGGAAGAGGUUUGGGGUUCAGUACAGUGUAGUGGUUUUACAUCUGUCAGCAGACAGUGCAUGGUGGCUGGAGUGGUAGACCUUGCAUGAAAAUUGAGGUUUGCAAUUUAUUUAGAGUUUCUGAAUUUCCCCCCACACCUAAUGGAGAUACAGCACAGUAUAGUAUUUUACUUUACCAAUGUUCAUAGUUUUUUUACUGUACUAUAUAUGAUUUAGCUGCAAACGAAUACCUGUAUAUGUUUUUUAUAUACCCUGUACCUGUACUGUAUUGUAGAAUAUAGUGUUUUGACCCAACUCUGCCAUCCUUCAUAGCUGAAUUUUGAAUUACAAUUAGAUUUUAACAUUUGUCUAUUGCCAAAUUGUUUAAAUAACAAAAACAAGAUAAAAUAAAUAAAAGUUAAUACUGUAGGUACAUAGAGAAGUUGAGAUAAGUGUGUGGUGAAAUGGGAGCGAUAUUGUGGUUUGUGUGGUGAAUUAUAAACUUUCAGUGUAGUAAGGCAUAUAUAAUAAGUAGAAUUUAGUUUCAGAAAUUACGUAAAAAAACCACUUCAUCUUGUCCAAACAUUGCACAAAUAAGGAUAAGUAAAAGUAUUCUGGUCUUGUAAAUGAGCUGAGUAUAGACUAUGUCCUGUAUGCACUCCAACAGACAACACAAACCAACCUAACUGGGGUUUGGUAGGUUCAUUUGUCUGUCAUAAUAAAGGGUUUAUACUCGCCUUAUUUAUGGGACCUUGGCACUUUUAAGAGUCAGGAGAGGAAUCUGAGGACAUACUUGACAGUAUUGUUUUUAAUUGUGGUCAUGUACUGUUAUUUUGACUGCUCAUUUACAUUAGAAGUGAACAAGGGCUAGUUACAGUACUUAAGUCUUUUAACUGAGUGAAUUAUAGCUCCUGUAUCUAUAUAACAAACAAAUGUUAUCUAAAACUAUAGUAAGAUUUUCAUACCUCUUUAUAAUUCUA